AUGGCGUGCAUUGCAGGUCGCUUGGACAAAGGAGCCCUAAAAAAGAUUGAUGGAGCCAAAAAAAGGGUUGAUAACAAAGUGGUGCGUGUUGUUGUGGGACCACAUGUGAAGCAUCCCCUACAAAACAGAUGGGCUCUCUGGUUCUACAAGAACGAUAAGAGCAAAAUGUGGCAGGACAAUCUGAGGAUCAUCACAAAGUUUGACACAGUGGAAGACUUCUGGGCGUUGUACAACAACAUUCAGCUGGUGAGCAAGCUUUCAUCUGGUUGCGACUACUCAGUUUUCAAGGAUGGCAUUGAGCCAAUGUGGGAAGACAGGCGUAACAAGUGUGGAGGACGCUGGCUGAUUACACUGUCGAAGCAGCAGAGGCACACUGAACUCGACCGCUUCUGGAAGGAGACUCUCCUUUGCCUCAUUGGAGAGGGCUUUGGCUCCUUCAGCAGGGACGUUUGCGGUGCUGUCAUCAAUGUUCGAGCCAAAGGUGACAAAAUCGCCAUCUGGACCACCGAUACAGAGAAUGGCGAAGCAGUUACCUAUAUUGGACGAAAGUACAAGGAAGGACUAGGCCUACCUCCAAAACUCGUCAUUGGAUAUCAAGCUCAUGCAGACACAGCCACCAAAAGCAAUUCAAUAACAAAGAACAAGUUUGUGGUAUAG